AUGGAUAAGUAUAAAAUCACUAAGAAUUUAGGAGAUGGAACCUAUGGUAGUGUAGCAAUGGCUACAAAUAACUAGUCAAAUGAAGUAGUUGCUAUUAAAAAGAUGAAAAAGAAAUUCUACUCAUGGGAUGAAUGUAUGGCAUUAAGAGAAAUAAAAGCUUUAAGAAAACUAAAUCAUCCGAAUAUUGUCAAAAUGAAAGAAGUAAUAAGAGUAAACAAUGAUCUUUAUUUGGUCUUUGAAUACAUGCAGGGCAAUGUUUAUGAAAUGAUCAAAGAUAAUAAAGCUAGAGGACUAAGUGAGGAUCAAGUAAAAAGUGUCUUAUUUCAAACACUGUAAGGCUUAGAUUAUAUGCAUACUCAUGGGGUAUUUCAUCGAGACUUAAAACCAGAAAAUUUACUUUUUUACAACGGUCAUGUUAAGGUUGCAGAUUUCGGUCUUUCUAAGGAUAUUAGAUCAGUUCCACCUCAUACAGAUUAUGUAUCUACAAGAUGGUAUAGAGCUCCAGAAAUCCUCUUGCAUUCAACUACGUACAAUUCUCCAGUAGAUAUAUUCGCUAUGGGUUGUAUUGCCUCUGAAUUAUACACUGGCUAGCCAUUAUUUCCUGGUAGAAGUGAGCAAGAUUAGCUUUACAGAUUGUGUGCAGUUCUUGGAAAACCACCUAAUUCUUGGCAGGACGGCUAUCGAAUGGCUGUCCAUAUUGGAGCUAAUUUCCCAAAUUUUGCUGCUUGUGACAUCUCUAAAAUUGUAAGCAGAGCAUCAGCUCAAGCAAUAGAUCUAAUUUAGAAAAUGUUAAUCUGGGAUCCUGUUUUUAGACCAACUGCUCGAGAUUGUCUUAAUCAUCCAUAUUUUGCAGAUUUAAGAGCCAAGAAUCAGUAAAUAGAAAAGCAAGUCGAUGUAUAAUCAGUUCCAAAUUAUAUUGGACCAAAUCAUGAAUCAUCAAAUAUUGAGAAAAGAAAUAGUACAAUGAUUUAAAACGCUGUCUAAAAUCAGUUAUUCGGAGAACGAAGAGAUGAAAAUGGCUUUAAGACUGAGUUGUAUCAUCAAUAAAAUGGAAGCAAAUAUUCUGAUUUUAUGCAACACUAGCAUCCAUUCUAAUAACAAUCUUAAACUCACUAUCCUUAAUAUCAAAAUACAAAUAGCCUCCCUUAAGGCCAAACUUAGAAAUCCUACAUUAGAAAUGAUAGUUAGCCAGCACUCCCUAAAAAUUCUAAUUAUUUUGAAGAAGCAGUUCAACUAAACUAUGGAAAAAGAUAGAACAACAUAUUUGGGGCAAAUUUUGAUAAAAUGUUGCAUUAAAAUGACAAAAACUUCAAACCCACUCCUACAAUAGACCAAAGAUUUCAAAAUGAGCCUUAAGCAUUAAAUUUUAAAAACUAUAAUCCAAGUGGUCUAAACACUGUUAGUAGCUUUAAUAACUCUAAUGGUAUGAUGGGUAUGUAUAAAGGAAGUGGAAUCGGACCAACUUUAGGUAGAUUUAACUAAUGA